GUAAGAUGUCGUUCUUACCUGUCCAGUUGUUCAGCAAACUUUUAAAGCAAUUUUAACUCCCAAAACUCCGUGAAAAACAAAUUUUAAAUUAAGAUUAAAUUUUAAAGUUAUUCUGUAAUUCUUUUUCUAAAAUUAUAAAAAAUUUGAAAGUUGACAUAUUUCACCCAGUCGAAGUGUUAUGUCCUUAAUUUGCAGUAGUGAUGGUAUGUAGCGAGUUUACGAGUUCAUUCGUAAAAUGGAAAUUACAGAAGUCUUUUUGUGAAAUUAAGAAUCAAGUUCGGAAUAGAAAGCUUUCGGUGGUUUAAUUAAACCUUAGUCAUGGAAAAUUAUGUUAAAGGAACGAACGCUGAUCCUGAGAUUGAGUUGAGUGACUUACCUUUUAAAUGUUUACCCCCCAAUGUGACUUGGAUGAAAGUGAGACCAGGCAGUAAAAUGACAAACCUUAUUGAAUUUGCCUUAAAAUCUAUGGAAGAUAAUAAAUCUCAAGUGUGGUCUGGAACUGGGGCAGCAAUUGGAAAAACAAUAAGUUGUGUUGAAAUCAUGAAAAGGAAAAUUCAAAAUUUACAUCAAAUAUCUAAAAUCUCAUAUCACAAAUGUGAGGAAUAUUGGAAUCCUAAGAGUGAUGAACUUGAUUCCCUUAGAGUUGUUCGGAAUAUUCCUUUAAUACACAUUUUGUUGUCAAUUGAGCCAUUGGAUUCCAAUGAACCUGGGUACCAGUCUUCUCAAGUUGAUGUUAAAACCACUGAGGCUCCUGGAAAGAUGAAGAAAAAAUCAAGGGCAAGAAACAAAAAUUACCACAAUUUUGGAACCAAAUGAAAAUUUAUUGAAGACAUGAAAUAUGAUGAGUGUUCCUAGAGGGGAUGAACAAAGUUGUUAAACUGCAAUAACAUCAAGCACACAUUAAAGUUGUAAUAAAUGACUGAUUAUGCCUCUGACUCAGCAGAAUGGCCAAUAAAAUUGCCAGUUUCAGUUUCUUCAAAAA